AUGAAGGCCGAGGUCGAGUACGACCCAGGCCUUGUUCAGCCGGCUGAUCUCGCCGACUGUAUUGAGGACUUGGGAUUUUCCGCUGAGGUUGUAGAAUCCGCCGACCCUCUCGCGGCUGGUGCACUUCAAACAGUAGACCUAAGCGUAAGUCCUGCUGUUUGGAGAAUACCACUUUACCCUGCCGAUUGCCAAGUGAUUUACCUAAGUGCCCGGAACGACUGA